AUAGACAUAAAUUCAUUUUCCCCUCUUUCUCUCUCUAGUUUGCUAUUUGCAUAUCAUAAACACUUUUUUUUUUUUUUUUUUUCCCUUUUUUCCCGUUUUUCUCUCUCGAUCGGUGUUGUGGGAUUUUCUUCCGUGGUUUUGUGAUUUUGUUAUAUUGUUAAGUUAUAUCAUUUGGUAGGAUUUUAUUGAGAUUUUGUUUUGGGGGUAAAAUUUUAAGACUUGUUGUUUGAUCGAAGUUUUGGAGGAUUCAUUCAAUGUUCAGAUAAUCGUCAAUCUGAUACGCCCAUGUCAGAUUGAUCGAUUUUUGUUUGCCCAUGGAUUCUUGGGAGGGUUUUGUCGUCUUGUUGAGAUUGAAUUAGAGAGAAAAUCAGAAUGGGAGUGGAUUCAGUUGGCGGAUUUCUUGAAUUGGGAGUGGCUCUGAAACCAUAGAUAGAUGCAAUUGGGGGGAUUCAAGAAUCGACCCACCCAGUACUGAAGCCCACAGUGAAUUUCUGUUUUCUUGUUUAGUAUUUGGUUUUGCUUUUUAUGUGUGAAGAUUAGCUCCAAUGGAGGAUUUGGGCGAUAUCAAUUCUUUGGUUGGAGCUUGAUUUCAGGCCUUGGUUAUGGCUAAAGAAGAAGUUAGAACCAGUGAUGAAGCUGACCGUCGUCUACCUGCACACUCGAGCGCCGAAUGCGACUCACUGGCUGCUUCGACAUCGGCGGCUGUAGGAUCGCUGUGGCAUCCUAGACAACUCGGUUUUAGUCCUUAUUUGCACAGGGAGAAUGCUGCUGCAAAACCCCAAGAUUCGCGUUUUGCCGCCAGAAUACCCCUGGUUGCUAGAUUAACCAAGGACAUAGUUGAAACAUACAGAAAAUGCAAUCCUGAGUUUAAAUAUUCAGAAGAGUUAAAUCUGAAGAGAUUUUUGACGAGCCCAUCAAUUGGAGUCCUCAAUGAUGGCUAUGAUAAUGUGAACUCAGAUCUUAUCUUGGCAGUGAACUCUGUUUUACUCAAUUUUGAUACACAACGGAGAUAUGUUGUCAAAGAUCUACUUGGUCAUGGGACUUUUGGGCAGGUUGCUAAAUGUUGGGUUGCGGAAACUAACAGCUUUGUAGCUGUGAAGAUCAUAAAAAACCAACCUGCAUAUUAUCAGCAAGCGCUGGUGGAAGUAUCUAUUUUGUCAUUGUUAAAUCAGAAGUAUGAUCCUGAGGACAAACAUCAUAUUGUCCGUAUUUAUGAUUACUUUGUAUAUCAACGUCAUCUGUGCAUUUGCUUUGAGCUGCUUGAUACAAAUUUGUAUGAGCUUAUCAAGAUCAAUCAUUUUAGGGGAUUGUCAUUGAGCAUUGUUCAAAUGCUGUCCAAACAGAUCUUAUGUGGGCUCGCUCUGUUAAAAGAUGCUGGCAUUAUUCAUUGUGAUUUAAAGCCAGAAAAUAUUCUUUUAUGCACGAGCAGUGCGAAGCCGGCAGAAAUUAAGAUAAUAGACUUCGGAUCAGCUUGCAUGGAAGACCGCACUGUUUAUUCUUACAUUCAGAGCCGCUACUACAGAUCUCCAGAAGUCCUGCUUGGGUAUCAAUACACUACAGCUAUUGAUAUGUGGUCCUUUGGUUGCAUAGUUGCUGAGUUGUUUCUUGGACUGCCAUUAUUUCCAGGGGCUUCAGAAUUUGAUUUAUUGAGGCGGAUGAUUGACAUUCUUGGGGGACAGCCUCCGGAUUAUGUUCUGAAGGAGGCAAAACAUACUAGCAAAUUCUUUAAGUUUAUUGGAGGUUUCCAUAAUGAAAACGGUGAAAUUUAUGCAAGUGGCCGAAGCUUGUUUCAAGCAUUAAAAGCAGAUGAAUAUGAAGCUAGAGAGAUGAAAAAGCCUUCAAUUGGAAAAGAGUAUUUCAAUCGAAUGGACCUUGAGGCAAUUGUGAAUAACUACCCUUAUAGAAAAAACUUGGCUGAGGAAGAUAUUAGGAAAGAGAGUCAAAUACGAUUGGCCUUAAUUGAUUUCCUAAAGGGCCUUGUGGAGUUUGAUCCUGCGAAAAGGUGGUCACCUUUCCAGGCCUCCAAACACCCUUUUGUGACAGGAGAGCCUUUCACAUGCCCAUACACGCCUCCACCAGAGACCAGGCGUUUGCCUGUUUCACAAAACAUAAAGGUGGAUGACCAUCAUCCGGGUGGAGGGCAUUGGUUUGCAGCUGGUCUCUCUCCCAAUAUUGUAGGUAGGAACAGAGUUCUUCAGAGCAGCCCUCAUUUUCAAAUGGUACCAUAUGCCCAUGCCAACAGUUAUGGCAGCGUUGGAAGUCAUGGUAGCUACAAUGAAAGUAUUGGGUUUGGAAACAGCUAUGGAAGUUACGGGGACAAUGGUAUGCUUGCAUAUUAUUCACCUGUUGGUCCCUCUGGAAUGAAUAUGCAUCCACAGGGAAGAAUAUCAGUGCUUGCAAGUAGCCCAGAUACUCGGCAGAGGAUUUUCCAAUUAUCCCAUGGUAAUGGGAUUGGUGUGAGCCCAUCAACUGGGAACUUUGCGCCACUGCCCCUAGGCACGAGUCCGUCACAGUUUACCCCACCGAGCAGUUACGGUCAAGUUCCAGUGGGCUCUCCUGGACAUUAUGGGCCAACUUCUCCUGCAAGGGGUAGUUGUCAGGGGUCGCCCCUGGGAAAAAUGGCUACAGUUGGUCAAUUUAAUAGAAGGAAAUUUUGGGAUUACUCUGGUACUCAUGAUGGUUCUUCAUCUUCUCACUGGCAAGGGCAAUCUACUGAAGGCACAAGCUACAGUCAAGCAGAUGGGAACUCUUUACACGGUUGCUCACCAUCUCAUCUGCCACCAAGUAGCAGUGCUACAGGCUGGAAGCAGCAGCAAGUAGGUAGUGGAAGCUCUGCGGGAUACCCUACCAUUCAGAGUAUGCCAGGAUCUCAUCUGCCUGGUUCAAAUAUGCAAUUUUCACAACCAACAGAUGUGGCUCGUAAUAAGUCUGAAUUGCCUGAUCCUGGAGACUGGGAUCCCAAUUAUAGUGAUGAACUACUCCUCCAAGAUGAUGGUGAAUCAAAUAUCAGCAGCAUUUCAACUGAUUUUAGCAACAUGCAUGUGGGUUCAUCAAAUCCAUCUACUGGGAUUGGAAGAUUUAGUAUGCCGAGCGCUAGUUUGAAUUUAACCUCACAAAGAAAAACUGGACCUGUCCAAGCAUUUCCGCAUGUAGAGGUGGGUAGCCCGCCCUCAGCUCAAGAUUUGCACACUGGAUAUGCUCGUUCCUCAUCAAAGCAUUCCCAUCUCAUGCCUCAUAGUUCACACAAUUCCCCAAGCCGAUUGGGACAGCAACCUGUUCAGCGGUUCAAUCAAGGGAGAAGCACAAACGUUCGAGGUUACGAGUGGAACCCUGUGAAGAUCCAACCACCCCUUCCCAGCUAUAAUUCUGGAGGCCCUCGUUCUCCCGGAAGUGGAUCUUUCAGCAGUGGCAUGUCAUGGGGGUUUAGAGCGAAUCAGCCUGUUACAAGCAUUCCUCCAGCAUCUCGUGGAAGAAAAGACUAUGGGAGGAUCUAGUAUUUGAUGAACAGCUUACCAUUUCAUCUCAAGAGAGUUGGCAGGAAAAUUGUAUUGGUAUUUGAAAUAGUUCCACCUGCUUAGUGGGCUCUUGCCAGAAAAUUCUUCAUUCAGACUAUGUUCAUUAAUUGUUUGCUUGGUAGCAUGAUUUGUGGCCAUGCUUCUUCA